UCCAAAGCGCGUACCCGUCAGCGGAGGAAAGGAGAGGACAGAAGGCGGCGGAAAGACAAAUACUGCCCAAUUAACCGAUUAUCCUGAAAACACACACACACGAAAUACAGCCAAGAUGUCAGAGGAAAAGCCAAAGGAGGGAGUAAAGACCGAGAACGAUCACAUCAACCUCAAGGUUGCAGGGCAAGAUGGGUCGGUGGUCCAGUUUAAAAUCAAAAGACACACACCGCUCAGCAAGCUAAUGAAGGCAUACUGUGACCGACAGGGCCUCGCAAUACGGCAGAUCAGGUUCAGGUUUGAUGGCCAGCCUAUCAAUGAGACGGAUACACCUGCACAGCUGGAGAUGGAAGAUGAAGACACCAUAGAUGUUUUCCAGCAGCAGACAGGCGGGCACUGCUAAGCCCUCCCCCACCUCAUUGACGGCCACCCUCAGACCACGCCCUCAGCCACUUUCACUGUCCCUCCCCAUCGCUCCUCUCAGCCUAUGAUUAUUAUUAUUAUUAUUAUCAUCAUUGUAAUAAUAAUAAUAAUGAUUAUUUCUUCCGUUUCAAGAUGUCUGUCAUGGUUUUUCGUCAGGUGUGUGGGGGGAGGGGGCUCCUCAGCUGUUUAUGUACUGUCUCAGCCAGGACUGAACUUUUGUGCGUGUCAACAGCCAAUCGGGACAACAUUUCCUUCUGGCAACGCAGGCUGUGAUUGGACCAACAGCACGUCACAGCUGUUCCUGGUUUGUCAGCGCUUCUCAUUCGCUCUCCAGUGAAAGCUUAGUAUCCAGUAGUUUGUCGAGGUUUUCAUCCAUCGUGGUCAAACGCGAGGCUCUGCCAGUUUUUUUUUGUUUUUUUUUGUCUGGGGGUCACAGUCAGUGGGCGUGAAAAUGGUUUGAAGUGGAAGCACUAUCUGAACUUAAUACAUACAGGCGCCUUCCAUUUCACUUCGCUCUAAUGUGUUUUUUGUCUGACCGGUGGCUCCUGCUCUUCUGUCAAAAAGGUAUUUUAAUUCUCUCUACAUUUUAGGUGCUUUUGCUAAAGAGUUCUGCAAUGAUUUUGUAUUUUUUUGAUUUUUCUUUUAACAAUUAACAACCAGAGAGCUUGUUGGUUUUUUCCUGUACAGAAGUAUCAGAGUGAGCGUUAGAUAAAAGUUGGGUUGCUUGGACCAAUACUCCAAAGACCGAACUUCUGUUUGAUAUUUGAUGUACUUGGAUCACUCUAAAAGCAAACUGCAAGGUCAAAACCGUCACAUUUUAAAGGAGUUUGUAUUCAUUGAUGUUAUUUGCUUCCUUUUUGACUUCUACUAAUUGAGAACAGUUGUGGGUAUCCGUGGUACAGACUUGUAUUCGCUCAUCCAGACUAUUCCUAUUUCGGGGAGGGGAAUUUAAUUUAUCCGUUGAGAUGGUAAGGGUCUGGCUGUGUAAGAUAGUCUCUUGAUGUACAAUACAUUUGUUUUCUGAUGAAGCGGGCCAGUGGCCAGUCCUGUAUGGUAUUCUUACAAGUGGCUCUGCUUGUGGGUUUUACAUUUUGGGGAGUUAAAGUAGUGGGUGGGCUGUGGGCAGGACUGUUUUUGGGGUCAGUUGUCUCAUCUCUGUAUUGUCCUUGCGAAUGUAAGCUGAUGGGACAACUGAUCCUACAUGUGUUUUGAAGAGAAGCUGAUUCCAGUUGAGCUGAGAUGUCCAACAAAAGUCCGUAUGUUUAUGUUAACACGUUUUGAAGACACUUUUCACUGCUACGUCAACUGCCAAGCCGUUUCGUUGUGUGCGCAAGACAGACGUUUGGGGCCGUUUGUUUAAAAGCCUGACUGCAGUGCUGGUAAACGGGGAGAUCCCAAGUGGUGACGAGUGUCUUCAAUAUGUUACAGUUCAGACUAGGAUGCAUGCAGUUUGUUGCAUAUCGGGGAGGGCAGGGAGGCCAACCAAUGGAGUUGGGAGAAUAGUGUCCUGUACCCACAGGGGCCCCGUUCUUUGUACGUAGAUAAGAGUUGGCUUCAUUUGAUUGACGGCCAGACAUGAGCUUGGAUUUUUCACUUCAGUCAGGAUGUCCUGCUGCUAAAGUAAGUAGUCCUUGCGCUCAAAUCCUGCAACGGUGCAACUUCAUUCAGAGUGAGUUGGAUCAUGACGACUCUUUUUAGUUUAUUUUCAGAUGAGGCGACAUCUUCGGAGACACUGACUGAUUAGAAGUGUCAUCCCUGAACGAGGUUUGAAUGAAGCAGUCUUACAUAUUUAAGUACAACAAAAUACAACCAAUGCCAUUUUACAGGAUAAAUCAAACCUUCUUUUUUUUUUUGGUGAACUGUGAGCUUUUCCCAAAUCAAUAUUCAACAUGAAUGUUACAAAAAUAAUUUACUGUACUCCCACCUGCUGAAAUAUUCCACUCUGGCCCCAAUAAAUAUCAAAUUACAUUUAAGGACUACCCAUAUCUCAUCAUUGUCAUUAACAUCAAGCAUGAGACAAAAUGGUUUCAUAGAUGUGCUAAACCUGUGAGUGAUCACUCAAAGACAUUUCUCUGCACAAGCCAGUCACAAGUAACGAUCCUGGUUUUAGCUUUCCAGUCUCGCAAAAUAAGAGCACAGUUAUCAAGACAGCCUUCCACCUGCAUUUUAACAACAGCUUGACUGGGAUCUUUUGAGCUGGCUAACAUACGAGCUAAGCCAUGUAAUGUACGAAGAACGGGGCCCACGUCUUGUCAUGUUUGUUUCUCUACUGAUUUGUACAUUUAUUUGUGGUCUUUUACUACUGUAUACAAUAAAUAUAGUUUGGUACUCAGA